AUGGUAAAUUCUGUAGCUCGCGAUGCAGCUUCAAUGUGGCCUAGUAUUUCGACGGAAUUUCUACGAGCAGAGCUAGCGAGACGAGAUGAAGCAACCCCUACUGCGAAGCCAGAGUGCGGAUCGGGGGUCAAAGGCAGUUACAAUACAUCUGUACACGUUGGCGCAUUGAUCUUGAUCCUCGUAUUGAGUACAGUUGCAUGCGGAUUUCCUCUGAUAUCUCGAUCCUCGAAAUCAUCUGGCCCCAACCGAUUCAUAUUCUUCUCCCAGCAUUUUGGUACCGGUGUCUUGAUUGCGACGGCAUUCGUACAUCUCCUCCCAACAGCGUUCACAUCCCUUACGGAUCCAUGCCUACCUUUCUUCUUCAGCGAUCGCUACCCUCCGCUCGCGGGUCUCAUAGCAAUGUUUUCGGCAUUGAUAGUUGUAGGAAUUGAGAUGUUCUUGACAACAAGAGGGGCGGGUCAUUCACACUCCCAUGGAGAAUCUUGGGAGUCGGUAUCGGAUAGUGAGGGGCAUAAUCCCGGCCACACAAAUGGAAAUGCGAGUAGGAAGCAGAAGAAACCUAAUGGGAGAAUGGGGAGGCUAGGGCUAAACCACCGGCCACAUGAUAUCGCACUAGGAGACCUAGAUGCUUCAGAGGGCCUAGUCUCUGGGGUUUCACCUCUACCUGUUUCUACGCCCGAAAUCAAAGAGCCAGAAGGCACUCGAAUGUGGGAUGAGGACGAUGAUUCGGAUCUCGAUCUAGACGAAUUGGAUCCAACAGCCCAAGCUCUCGACCCUUCACAUACAAACGUGGAAACUAGCGAAGAUCCAAGUUCUUCAUUGUCGGCCGAGGACAAGCAGAAGCGUCAGAUACUGCAGUGUCUUAUGCUUGAAGCCGGAAUUCUGUUUCAUAGCAUUUUCAUAGGUAUGGCUGUAUCUGUUGCGACUGGCCCUCCGUUUGUUGUUUUCCUGGUUGCCAUUGCUUUUCACCAGUCCUUUGAAGGACUUGCACUCGGAUCAAGAAUAGCAGCUAUCAAUUUUCCCCGCCAUUCGCCGAGACCCUGGCUUAUGGUACUCGCAUACGGUACCACGACGCCAAUUGGGCAAGCAAUCGGGCUCGUUGUUCAUAAUCUGUACGAUCCGCAGAGUGCCGCCGGUUUACUAAUGGUGGGCUUCAUGAAUGGUAUUUCCAGUGGACUGUUGCUUUUCGCUGGUCUGGUACAGCUUCUGGCAGAAGAUUUCUUGAGCGAUAAAAGCUAUGUCGCUUUGAAGGGAAAGAAAAGGGUUGAAGCAUUUGCUGCCGUUAUCGCUGGCGCGACUUUAAUGGCACUGGUUGGAGCGUGGGCUUAA